AAGAUAAGAGAAGAAGAGGCAAUGCUAACCAAGAAUCUCCCCGAGGACAUCAUCUUGGUCAUUUUUUCAAGGCUUCCGGUGAAGUCUCUUUUAAGGUUUAGGAGUGUAUGCAAACUGUGGUAUGCUCUAAUAACCGAUCCUGAUUUUGUUCAAAUGCACCUCAGCAGAUCCCUUGCAACCAAUACCAACCUCAUCCUCAUUUUAAAGAGAUACCCAAAAUUCUUGUAUGUGGACUUAAAUGUUUGCAAACAAGAAGCGGCGGUAGAACUGAAUUGCCCGUUCAAGUCUCCAAUAGGAUACCGUAUAUUGGCUUCCUGUCACGGCUUACUAUGUAUGUUCGACGACGAUGGCGUUGUCUCUGAUUUCCGAAAAGAAGAAGUGUACGACACAUUUCUUUGGAAUCCAUCUACAAGAACGCAUAAGAAGCUGCCCUUUACGCUUGUAGAGUUUCCCAUUAAUUCCUACUAUGCCCAUGUCACUGCUUAUGGGUUCGGUUACGACCCUACCACCGACGAUUACAAGGUGAUAAGGGUUUUACAGUUCUAUCCUCCUGAUGGUUUCUUUGAUGACACUAAGUACAUUGUCUCGGAGGUGAAGGAGGUGCCACUGCCCCAUUUUGUGGACGAUAAGUUUCACAUGACUAUCGGGGUUCUAGGAGGACAACUCAGCAUUCUCUGUAACUUCUCCGAGGUCUGUGUUGAGUUGUGGGUGAUGAAAGAUUAUGGCGUGAAGGACUCUUGGGAGAAACAGUUCUCGAUCGAACAACCAUCGGUAUUAGGGUAUUUUGAUGAGUGCAUCAGGCCUAUAUGCUAUUCAAAGAAGGGUGAAGUUCUACUUGAGACAGGUCCAGGGGUGGAGAAGUGUUCAGGAGCGCUGGUGCUUUAUGAUCCCCAUAAAGGAAGGGCUAGUAAUCUUACGCCUCAUGACAGCAGGCAUAUAGUAAGCAUUGGGAGUCUCAUUUCACUUGAUGCCAAAGAUGGAGCUGAAUAAAAAAAGAAGGAAGAAACAAAGGUAAUUUGGUAGAGCAGAUUUACA